AUCCCGGUGACCCUCAACAUGAAGAUGGUUAUGCCCUCCUGGUUUGACUUGAUGGGGUUGACUCCGGAUGCACCUGAGGAUGAAGCUGGAAUCAAGAAAGCUGCAGAAAACAUUAAAGCAAUUAUCGAGCACGAGAUGAAGAACGGAAUCCCAGCCAACCGCAUCAUCCUGGGGGGGUUCUCACAGGGCGGCGCGUUGUCGCUGUACACGGCUCUCACCUGCCAGCACCAGCUGGCCGGCAUCGUGGCCCUCAGCUGCUGGCUCCCGCUGCACAAGGGCCUCCCCCAGGCAGCGAAUAACGGUGUGAACAAGGACAUCGCUAUCCUGCAGUGCCACGGGGAGAUGGACCCCAUGAUCCCCGUCCGCUUCGGGGCCCUCACUGCUGAGAAGCUGAAAUCUGUCGUCACUCCCGCCAAGGUCCAGUUCAAAACCUACCCUGGUGUGAUGCACAGUUCCUGUCCUCAGGAGAUGAUGGCGGUGAAGGAGUUCAUUGAGAAGCUGCUGCCCCGGAUCUAA